AAAGCGUAAACCACCGUCGUCGUCGUCUCCAUUCUCACUCUGGCCGACAAUCCAUCAUUUCUCCGAUCAGUUGAAAGUAGAAUUCGAACAUGAAUCUUCUCAGAGAAGCAUUCAAAUCUCACCGCCUUAUCCGAUCCGGCGACCACAAUCAGCGGUUAUCUUCCUUCCUUCGCAAUGCUCCAAAACCUUUCUCAACUGAAGCUCCUCAACAACCUAGCCCCGACGCUUCCUCUGAUUCAUUUCUCCAAUCCCCUACUGGUGUUUCAUACGGGAGAUUGACUGGUAUGACGAAAUAUACAACUAAGAAUGAUGUUAUCAAUUUGCUUGAUGAAUGUAAAUUGACAUAUGAUGAUAUUAAAAUAUCAUAUAACAGACUCUAUGAGCCAACUGCAAUGACUGUUCAAUUCUCGCAUCGGCCAGGAUAUGAUGCUUCCAUCAGGAUACUUGCGAGGAAAGGCCGAUUAUAUAGAAUGGAUAGAGUUGAUCGCAGUCAAUGGGAUAGUAUUAGAACCAUGUAUGGUGGAAGAACGGUGUUACUUCAAGGACUCCCCCGAACUGCACUGGUUGAUGAUAUUGAGCGAUUCCUUUCUGGUUAUCAAUAUGAUUCCAAGAUGCAGAUUUUUUAUAGGCAGGAGUUAACUGAUCCUGUGAGGAUGGCUCUAGUCGAAUUUCCUUCGAAGAUUGAGGCAACAAAUGCAUUCAUUACGAAGAACAAAGGGUUUUGUCUCAACAAUCAGAUCUCGAUGAGGGUUCUGGAGUAGUAACUGGUGAGACCACCCGGCUUUAGAGAUGAAGGUUCUAUUCAUCUAUGCAGUUAAAUUUGUUAUUCUCGAGUAUCAGUUCCAUUAACUUGAAUGGGGGAGACAUUUGCUUGUUAGUGCUUGUCUUCAUUUGAGAAUUUCUACAUUUUUUUAGAUAUAAGAUGCUGUGGUAUCUCAAUUCUACGCCAAAUUUGCGAUAACUUUACUUAAAUUCGAGGGAUUGAACUUUAGACAUGUUUUUUAACAGGGAUUCUCCCGGUAGCAAUGGAUAGUGUAGAUUUGGAUAAAUGAUUAAACUUGUUGGAUGCUAAUGUUUGUUUGUUUGUUAUGUUGAUGUAUUUUUGUUUCUAUUGAAUGUUCA